AUGUUCUCUAUCAUUUGUUAUGCACUGGCCUUUGGGGCAUCUACCUUCGGUGCUGUGUCUGCUGAGAGCUAUACGGAGCUCUAUCGUCCGCAGUACCAUUUUACCCCAGCUAAGAAUUGGAUGAACGAUCCGAAUGGCCUAAUCUUUCACCAUGGAACCUACCACCUAUUCUACCAAUACAACCCGGGAGGAGAUACCUGGGGAGCGAUGUCCUGGGGCCAUGCAACAAGCUCCGACUUGGUCCACUGGAAACAUCAACCAGUUGCCCUUCAGGCCCGUGGCUACCCCGAUAAUAUUACGGAGAUGUAUUUUUCGGGGACGGUUGUAGCCGAUACUUCCAAUUCGAGUGGGUUUGGGUCCAAUGGCACUAUUCCUCUGGUUGCCAUGUAUACUUCUAUGUACCCUCAGGCACAAACCUUACCUAGCGGAAAGUCCGUGGAAGCCAAUCAGCAAGCACAGUCUAUUGCUUACAGCCUUGAUGAUGGCAUGACUUGGACAACCUAUGAUGCUGAAAAUCCGGUAAUCUUAGACCCUCCUGCCGAUUACGCAGACCAGAUUCUGGAAUUCCGGGACCCAAGCGUGUUCUGGCACGAUGCCUCCGGUAAAUGGGUUGCGGUGGUCGCUUUAGCAAAACUGCACAAGUUGGUCAUCUACACGUCAACGGACCUCAAGGAGUGGACGCAUGCCAGUGAAUUCGGCCCGGCAAAUGCUGUUGGGGGCGUAUGGGAAUGUCCCAGUCUCUUUCCUCUUCCUGUGGAUGGAGAUGACGAAAAUUUGAAAUGGGUUGUCCAACUCGGCCUCAACCCAGGAGGACCGCCAGGUACCACUGGUUCAGGGACCCAGUAUUUUGUGGGAGAAUUUGAUGGGACUAGCUUCACCCCGGACCCUAGGAGUGUGCAGCAGACAAACUGGAUGGAUUGGGGCCCUGAUUUCUACGCAGCUCUGAGCUUUUCCGGGCUCCCCGUCGCUGACCGGAUCGACAUUGCCUGGAUGAGCAACUGGCAAUAUGCCGCCGCAAUCCCUACCAACCCGUGGCGGAGCGCCAAUACUAUCCCUAGACGAUUGUCGCUGCGCACCUUGAAUGGAACAGCAACGCUCGUGCAGGAACCCAUUGUACAGAAGCGAAACAGUUACCCGAGACAUUGGAGCUCCGUACCAGCGGGUGUCACCAAGCUGAACAUGACAGGGAGGGCCCUGGACACAACCCUGAGCUUUUCAGAGUCGGCGUCAAGUGAAUUUGGUCUAAUCCUCCGCGCCUCGGAGGACAUGAAGGAACAGACCCGUGUUGGCUACAACUUCUCCAGCAAGCAGGUCUUUGUGGACCGGACAAAGUCCGGAGAGUCUGGUUUUGAAGGCACGUUCCCGGAUGUGUACUAUGCGCCACUGGCUCCUAGCGAGGGCAACAUCACGCUGCGUGUGCUGGUUGAUUGGUCCUCGGUAGAAGUCUUUGCGGGGGCAGGGGAAGCCGUUAUAACUGCUCAGAUAUUCCCCAAAAAUGACUCCGUGGGUGUUCAUCUCUUCUCAACUGGCGGGCGAACUAGCGGGGUCGAACUCAAGGCACAUCAAGUUCCGUCUGCUUGGAACAAUUAA